AAAUAAACACAAAAGGUAAGUCAACAUUCCAUUUGAAUCAGCAUAUUCAUCCGCUCUCUUCGGUCAAUUGAAACUUCGAGCAGUUAACAAAAUGCAAUCGCUGACUUAUUUGAUGAUAUUUUGUGUAAUUCAUGUUCAGGCAGAAAAUUAUACAGAUACAGAAAUACGAGAAGACGAGUUGCCCACUAAAGUUCAACAGAGAAAUUUGAUAGACACUGGCAGAGAGCUUUGCGGUUUGAUCCGAGAUGUGGUUUCGACAGAAGCAAGAGAAUCUGAGAAUGCAGUUCAAAAAGAUGUCGAGAUGAUGAUAUCUAGAGCUAGAGAAAUUAUAAGUUUGAAACAAGAAAACUUCGAACUCAAACAUGCAUGUGCGAGAAAGGACAUAAAAUCGAGAGGAAUAAUUAAAUCAAUUCCUAAAUUGAAAGAAGAGGUAGAUGCAGCUUUAACAGAAUGCCAGUCUUCAGUAACCGACCAAACGUCUAUAAUUGCGAAUAAAAUAGUGGAGGACGCUUCCGCACUGGAACAGAAGGGUCAAGAUAUCAUGAGUGAAUUCUUUGAAUGCAGCAAGAAGGGGAGUUGGACAAUGUUCGCUUGCUACAAGAAAACAAUCGGAGCCAAGAUAUUUCCUCUCAAGGAGUUCCUAAUGGAUACUGUGAGAGCACACAGCAGGGCCCAUACGGACUUUUUGACGGCCAGAAACAACGCAGCCAAUUGCUUGAACAAACAAUUGCGAGAUUAUGACAAUAAAUUAGAAUCGAUGUACAAUUCAUUCAAAUAGUGAUAUGAAAACAUAACCGUAAUAUCGUCAUAACCGAAAAAUCUGAAAGUAGAUUUUUAUUAUAAAUUAUACAACACAAUGUUUAGUCAAUAUAAAACAGUUGUUUGGGUA